AUGCAGGCGAACGAGGGGAUCGGGGACGGGAAUGAGGAGGCGGCGACAAUAUGCUUGGAGGCCAUGGUGGGGGUGGGGGUAUACACAGAGGAUAUUCCGACGGCGACGAAUGAGUAUGGGUAUGAGGGGAGGUCGGGGGUGAGCGAGAAAGAGAUGACGAAGGAAGGGAAGAGCUUGGCGAUCAAAGUGGACGGUGAUAAGAUUCCGGAGAAGCGGAGCGCGUGCAAGUAUCGAGCAGUGCGGGAGAGGCCGUGCCCGGAGGCGAGCGUGAGCGUUUUUGUGCGGGAGAGGAGCUGGAUGAGGGCGAGAAGGUUGGUGGAUGAUGAGGGAAAAGGAUGCACGUAUGAGGGGUAUUUGGAGCUGGUGAAGAAGGAUAUGGGGUCUUUGGGGGGUGGACGGGGAGGGGGAGAGGCACGAAGGCCGAGGAGGCCAAAGAGACGCAAGGUGGGUGUACCAGUUGUGAUUGAGAUUAGUGACAGUGGAGGCGACUCCUCAUCGGAUGUGCCCGUGAUUGACUUGGAGUCGAACGUUAUCGAUCUAACGUGAGUCUCGGAGCGAGCUUGUACAGUUGACUGAGGCAGAGAUGUAGAUUACGGCAAGGUAGGUUUGUACGUUUGUACGUUCGUAAUGUCGCUGUACGUGGAGAGCGUCUAUAGAGCAAGAAGGGUUUGACGGAGUUGGCGCCAUUUUGCAAAGGCGCGCCUCAGGCGCCAUUCUGCGUGCGCCAGCAGUGCAUCCGCUGAGUGCCACCUCAUCCCGCGGCUUCCUGCCACCUUCCCCUUUGUAUGCCUGCCCCCUUCGCCUCCCCCCCGUCCCCACCCCCCCGCCACCAGCCACCCGCGCCCCCGUCAAUGGAUCCCUGGGAUCAACACUCCCCCCGCGCCUGCGCACCCCCGCCCGCCCUACUCGCGCACCACAGCGUGUGCCCGGCCACGGCCUCUCUGGCGUUGUCGUCCCCCCUGCCGCUAGCGCUGGGCUUGUAUCUGUCGCGGGGCGGCACGGACGUCGCGCGCCCGCUGCCGCUUUUCUACGUGCCGCCCUCUGCCGCCUGCGCCCUGGGCAUCCCCCCCGGGUGGUACGCUGCCGCGCCGCCGCGCGGCAGCCUCUCCGUGCGCGUCACACGCGUGCGUGAGCACAUCCCGGGCUGCAACCACAUGGUCGCGCGCGUCGCCGUGGACGGUACCGACGCCAACUGCCCCGAAGCCUUCCACGGCGAUGCCGCGGUGGGCGAGGAGCGCGUCGUGCACGGGUUUGUCGAGAGUUUUGCCGCGGAGGACGGGCGCAUGGACCGCGUGGUGCGGCGCUUCGAGCUUGGCGAGACGGUGGUGGGGGAGGGCCAGGGCCAGGGGGAUGUGGGGUGCGUCCGGUUGGAGGUUAGCGCCGGGAUAGCAGUGCGCGUGGAAAGGGGGAACUUGGAGGGCGGGUAUGUGUACGGGAAAGGAGGGAACGAGGUGAAGGAAAAGGCGAGGGAGAAGGAGGGGAAGAGUGUGUCCGUGGGGCGGGGGGAGAGCCUGCUUAUUGAAGGGUGGACGACGGAGUGGGAAAUGAACUGGGGGACGGUUAUCGGGUGUGUGUGUGUGAGAUUGAGAGAGGGGCGGUGGCUGAAGGGGAGGGGAGUGCUGGAUAUGGACGGGGUGCCGUACAGUGGGUAUGUGGGGGGGAGGGGUGGGGAUGAGGCGGACCGGUGGCGAAAGUGGGUUUUGGCGGGAGCCGGGAGGUGGGAGAGGGCAGGGACGGCAAGCCUAGGGUGGACAGCGAAGAAGGAGGACAAGGAGGAAGCGAGGAAAUCCGUGGUUAAGAAGUGCACGGCUAUCGUGCACCUGGAUCCAGAGGUGAUCGACUUGACAUGACGCGGAUCGCCUGGGCUGGUUGAACAACGACUGCUGGCGGCGCCAUUGCACAGGGGCGAAGAUUGUUCGCACGGAAGGCGGCCUCGAAAAAACUGCAGCGGAGGUGAGUGGGUGUUCUCGCUAGAUAUGGUUGUUGAAAAAGCGAUUGAGCUCUUGGUGGACCUGAGAUCAAAAGUGUAAAAAUCGAAUAGACGU